CUGGUGGUUUCAACAGCAAAGCAAAGUUUGAUAUUCAGCCCCUUCGCUUGGGCCCCCUUUCUAACAGUAAUAGCUGGCAAUAUCUGGCUGUUUGUGCUUGAUGCUUGUGGGUCUUCUGCCUGUGCUGGUGCAGAAUUGUGUUGGGGUGUGUCUCUCUCUCUCUUUGAGGGUUUGUUAGGUGACUCUUUUUUUGUUAAGGGCCCCAGAAGGCCAUUUGUUGCGGGGCUUUCAAUAAAUGUUAGACGUUAAAAAGAGAGUAAUAUAAAUAGAGAAGAGAAAAAUGAGCAUAUGCAGGAGGAUCAAAUCGGCUUACUUUGCCCUCCUGAUUGUCAGUUCUGGCCGAAAAGUGUUUGGGGGUUGGUUGCCGGCUUUAUAUGGAGGAAACUCUGCUGCAAAAAUAGACGACCACCCAAGAGGAAUACACCACAAGUCAAAAAGUACAGCAAUAUCCACCACAGCAGCCGCUCAGCUUCUUCCAAAUACCUCCCAGGCUGUAUUGUAUUGUUUUCCAACUCAAAAUUCUCUCAAAUGUCCCUCUUCUAUCCUCGCACCUUGUUCCUGCGCGGUAUUCUCCUUCUGGAGCCACCAACUUUAGGGCAGCCUUGCCAGUUUUCCACUCGCCUUAGUCCACGGAGAAAAGUCUCAUACAGGAGCCCGUACCUCAGUUUUUCAGCUUAAUAGCAUAGUGAAUGCCUUUACGAUGAGAAUUCAGCAGUUGAGAAGGGAUAUGCGGGAUAUGGGGAUGAUGGAGAGUGCGUUUGUUGUUUGAGAGACGAUGGGAACUGACCGGCACGACGACGUUGUUUUGUCAUCCGCCACCGGUCCGGCUGAUUUUCCGGAAAGAAAUAGCGGAAGAAUAGUACUUCCGGGACUCCGAACUGCUGAUUAUGUCAUCAGUACAUCGCGGCGCAGAGCGAUACUGAGAUCUGGCGAUAGCGACAACAACAACCAGCUAUUAUGUAUCUACUUUGCACCGCCGAUUGAUUAUGAUCUGCGCCGAUGUCCGGCUCGAAUGACUUCCGACCAUACUUUUUAUGCUCUCAGUAAUCUUUAAAUAAUUCAUCCGAGGCAAGAAGAGUGAACUCUUUUCGAGCCCCGCCAACCCUCCUGACAGGCGCAUCUCCGUCUAUCUACUUCCUGAUGGCUUCACAUCUUCCUUCUCUCCGACAGAGGCAAAUUGCUUCUAUUGAGAAGAUCCUAAAUCUGAACCAUGAAGCGCCUCACCAGAAUGACUUCCACAGCGACGCUGUUGGCCCUACUGGCCUAAUACACUCCACUCCAAUACUCAAUGAAGAUGGCGAUCCCAUAUGGAAAGUGUUGGUGUUUGAUAACUUGGGCCGUGAUGUUAUAAGCAGCGUUUUGCGAGUCAACGAUCUUCGAACAUGGGGUGUCACAAUCCAUCUAAAUAUCAAAAGUCUUCGAUGUCCAAUUCCCGAUGUUCCUGUGAUAUACUUUGUUGAGCCAACUCCGGAGAACAUAAAGCUUAUAACCUCAGACUUAGAAAGAGAUAUCUACUCGCCUGCAUACGUGAACUUUAUAUCGUCGGUUCCACGACCACUCCUAGAGGACUUUGCCUCUCAAAUAGCCUCCACGGAAACAUCAGAAAAGGUUGCCCAGGUUUACGAUCAGUAUUUGAAUUUUAUCGUUUCGGAGCCGGAUUUGUUCAGUUUGGGAAUGGGGAAAGAUAUGUACUGGAAAAUAAACAGCACCCAAACCACAGAUGAGGAAUUGGAUAACAUGAUAGACAGAAUUGUGAGUGGUUUGUUUAGCGUCAGUGUCACUAUGGGCUCCAUUCCGAUAAUCAGAUGUCCGAAAGGAGGAGCAUCCGAGCUAAUUGCGACUAAACUCGAUCGCAAACUGAGGGACCACAUAUUAAAUUCCAAAGAUAACUUGUUCUCUAGCUCCUCCCAACGGCACGGUGCUGGGGCCCCAUCAAGUCGUCCUGUUCUGAUCAUCGUCGACCGUAACGUGGACCUGGUGCCCAUGCUCUCCCAUUCCUGGACUUACCAAUCACUGGUCCAUGAUGUCUUAAAAAUGCAUCUCAACCGUAUCACGGUUGAGGUACCGGUCGACGACUCGAACCCCACAAAGGGUACAACCAAACGUUCAUAUGAUUUGAGUGUGAACGAUUUCUUUUGGAACCGCAACGCAAGCGUCCCUUUCCCGCAGGUGGCCGAAGACAUUGACGCCGAAUUAACGCGGUACAAAGAAGACGCGGCCGAUAUAACGAGAAAGACAGGCGCUUCUUCCAUCGAAGAUCUUCAAAACGACACCAGCGCAUCGGCCCAACACCUCAAGGCAGCUAUCACACUCUUGCCAGAGCUACGGGAGCGGAAGGCACUCCUCGACAUGCACAUGAACAUCGCCACUGCUCUCCUCAAAGGAAUUAAGGAUCGACAAUUAGAUAAUUUCUUCCAGCUCGAGGAAAAUAUUACGAAGCAGAAUAAAUCGCAAAUUCUUGAAAUAUUAUCCAAGCCUGACGGGGGCACAAAUCCAUUGGACAAGCUGAGGUUCUUCUUAAUUUGGUUCUUAAGCACAGAGACAGACCUCUCCAGAACAGAACUGAAUCGCUUUGAAGAGGUACUCAUGCAGGCCGGAUGUACCGACAUUAGCGCAGUUGCAUUCGUAAAAAGGGUCAGAGAAAUAACUCGGAUGACAAUGAUGACAACCGCUACCACCGCAACCACCCAACAACCUUCCUCCGACCUCUUCCGCGGUUUCUCUUCUCUCUCAAACCGUCUUACAGACCGCAUCACCUCCGGCGCCCUUGGCGCGAAUUUCGACUCCCUAAUAUCCGGCGUAAAGAACUUCCUCCCUGUAAACAAAGACCUAACUCUAACGAAAAUCACGGAAUCGAUCAUGGAUCCCGCGGGCGCAUCAAGUUCCGCGAUUGCAAUGACAGAGAAUUACCUCUAUUUCGACCCACGCAGCGCAAAUGCACGAGGCGCCGUCCCACCGGCGGCCUCGACCCGAAACCAGCAAGGUGGGAGUAGCAUGCCCGGCGCACUUGGCGGUACCGCACCAGGUACUGGUGCCAGCUUCGGCCAACGGCGACAGGGAUUCAGCGAGGCAAUCGUAUUCACGGUGGGCGGUGGGAGCAUGGAUGAAUAUGGCAAUCUUCAAGAUUGGGCACAUCGAACAGGGGGCGGUUCCCUAGCCGGCGGCGGUGGGCUGGGUGGCUCUUCGGGCCCGGCUGGUGGGGUCAGCGCUGGAGGUGGAUCAGGGGUAUCUGACGCGAUGUCAAGACGAAUUGUAUAUGGGAGCACGGAUCUAGUUAAUGCGACAGAGUUCUUGACUGAGGCGUUAGGCAAGCUUGGGAAAGAAAGCUGAUUUCUAAUACAAUGUUUUCUCAUUUUUUUUUAUAAUAUAUUGUUACCUCCCUCCAGCCUGAUAUAGUGCUCCCUUCUGAGAAUGUAUCACUCAGCACACACUUACCUAUCAUCUCGUGUACGGCGCUAAAGGGUGAUUUUUUAUUCGAGGAGGCGUUUUUGAUCUUUUAGCGACCUAUUCAAACGACUUGAGAAAUCGGUCUCAUUUACUAAAUAUCAGAAUGUGCAGCGUCUACAGGUAAUGCCACAUCAUAUAAUGUUAUUAUGGAGUUUGCAUCCCGCUUCCGAGUUUACAGUCAUGUUAUCAUGCUGCAAUAUCUUAUUCUUGACUAACCCUAACUUCCUACGCGCCUAUCUGGACCACAAGGCCGCUAUCACAUGAAGAUCAUUUGGCCCCUGUCAGGCCUGAGCCUUUAUGUAUAUUCCUAUUGCAGUUAUUAAAACAGUCUGAUAAUCGGCAGUUCUCGUUUUCCGUGUCGAAUUAUCAUUGGCCGUUUAACUAAUUUACAGUUACAGCCUAGGUCCACAGCAGCUUUCUCAGCUAGCGCAAGCAGGAUGUUCAGCUUUAAGAGUUAUCGGGAUGCUGAGCGUUGGAUACUAAUGUUCUCUUGCUCCCUUAUGUUGGUCAGGUUAUUAGAUAAAUCCACUUGAGACAUCGUGUCCCGCUAGGAUUUCGGGCAGCCCUAGAUAUGAGUCCGACAAUGUCCUACAUAUAAUUCAGGCCGCGAUAUGUGUCUGUAUCAACCGGGCAGACGGCAGCAACACAGCAUAUCCAAUAGGAAGCGAUAACUACUAGGAUACACAAUGUUAAAACGAUCCGGCCCGCCAGAGGGUGAAAAACGCACUGCCCACACAGCUGCUCUCACUCAAGCACGCCCCUCGCCUUGGGAGAUUUAAAUCCAUACGAGCGGUGUUGACGGGGUGGUUCGCAGCACCAGGCUAGGUGCAGAUGCCAUCGGCUACCGGCAGCUGUCUCCUGAACUCAAAAUCAGAGUGGUUGAUCCCUCGAGUUUUACAUGCACGACGUUGGCAAGCCUGUAGCGGAUGGGCGGGCGGUAUGAUCCAUUCUAGAGGCCGUUCAUCCAUAUCCGGAUUAUUCUCCACGUCCAGGGAUGGCGGUUCCCUCGUAGGGCAGAGGAAGAAAGAUGAAGAGGAAUCAUUACUGAGAAAACGGAUAUGUUUCAUAUCUGAGCAACAGAACCGCCGGUAGUUGAAAGGGUGCGGGAUGUCUGCUCUGGGAUUCUCGGGUAUUUUGCUUUAUUUUACGAUGGCCAUUGCUUGGGUUAAGUUUGGCGAACAUUGCAUCCUGGCAAAUUGUGUUCCUGGGGUACUUUUCUCUUUCUAUUCUGACAUUUCUUCCUGCUUGUGUAGCUUCAAAUCUACAGGUUGCAUACGGAGUAUUGUUGAGAUUGGAACUAUAUGCAACCAAAAUGCCAGGUCGCGAACACGCCGUACGAUAUCAAAUCUCCCGAGAAGAAUCAGGGGUUUUGAGGCACGUUCCGUUGCACGUUUUGUCUUCGUG